ACGCACCCGACCUUACAGGCUUUGCAAGAUCGCCGUUCAUUUUCGGCGAGCUUCACAUCCAAACGAACGGCACACCACCUUGGACAACUGCGAGGUUAACGAUGUGGCGACAUGAAGAAGGCAGUGCUUUCCAACAUUGUGCCAUCUAAAGGGUCAAGCAUACGGCAACAGUUACUUGGCUCGACGGAUAGUGGGGGACAGCCUUCCGAAACUGCCUCAACGUCGCGACAUGGCGUAGGUGAGAGCCUCACAGGUAGCCAGUCAUUGGCAAGCACGGGUCCAGGAGGCGAUAAGACGGCAGUGCCCUCUACCUUACAGCGCCCAGUGCGCUUCCGGUUGACCGGAGCAUUAAGCGCUCUAUCGGCCUCUCCAGAGCAGGACUGGGUAGCAGUGGCCGGCCGAGAAGUCUUGAAGAUAUUAUCUGUGUAUGACAAGGAUGUAAAAGAGGUCCUGAAUCUUCGUGGGGGAGUCAAGCUCAACCUUAACUUCAGUAUAAAUGAUGUGAAAUGGGGAAAUAUAUUUGCCAAAAGCACAAUAGCUACAGCCGCGACCAACGGUGCCGUGGCUAUAUGGGAUUUGAAUCGUCCAAAUGCUCAGAAAUUAGAGAGGAUAUUGACGGAACACACACGGGCGGUGAAUCGUAUAAAUUUUCAUCCAACCGAACCUGUUCUUUUGUUGAGUGCUUCGCAGGACGGGACGAUGAGACUUUGGGACCUGCGCGCUAAAAGCAUUGCCCGAAACGCCUUUGAGGGAAAGGCCGAGAGUGUUAGAGAUGUACAGUUUAGUCCGACGAACACGUUCGAGUUUGUAGCGGCUUUCGAGAAUGGAACUAUCCAAAAAUGGGAUAUCCGCUACCCCACGCAAUAUGAGCGCAAAUGGAGUGCCCACAAUGGGUUGGCCCUUACGGUGGAUUGGCACCCGGAGGGUCGCUGGGUGGCAAGUGGAGGGCGUGAUCGACAGAUAAAGAUUUGGGAUAUGAAGUCUGACAGCCGAAAGCCGCUUUACGCGAUUCAAACUAUUGCGCCUGUGUCUCGUGUAAACUGGCGUCCAGGACAUGAAAGUCAGCUUGCCUGCUGUGCCCUGUCAACGGACUUCCGGAUCCAUACGUGGGAUGUCGGAAGACCGUAUAUUGCCCAACAUUCCAUUGAGGCUCAUGAUGGAGUUAUAACCGGAUUUUUAUGGCGAGAUGCGAAUAGCAUAUGGUCCUGUUCAAAAGAUCGCACUUUUGCACGCCAUGAUAUCCGUACAGGCUACAAGCCUCUCAGUCUACUGAACACCUGCGCCGUGAAUUGGAACGUCAAUGGCGAUAUAACCUUUGCCAUUGAUGAGCGCCGACAGGAUCCCGCGAUGGAAGACAGCAGGGCAAUGCCCACGGGGUCAAAUUAUCCCCUGCGAAGAGCGUUUCGUAAACCGAUGGUGCCCGAGCGCAGCACAAGCGAUGAUAAGAUUCCGCAACAUCGACCGCGUCAGAAAGUAGGCGUCGUGGAUACCGAAACGUUCGAUGACUAUGCGUUUGUUGUGCUCGCUCAAGAUUAUGCGAUAGAGAGCGACGAUAUUUGGUCGUCCUGUCAGCACAACGCGGAGGUCGCCAUAGAUCUUGAACUGCACCGAACAGCACAGACAUGGAAAAUCUUGCAGUUAUUGUACGGAACUGAACCAUCGGAAUCUCGGAAUUUGACAAAACUCUUCGGACAUCCAAACAAGCAGGAUGACCACAAUUGGGAUCGUCAAGCAGGAAACACCCCCGUCGGCAGGGCUACAGACGUCGAUCCCCAGUUAACUGUCGGUAGCGCGCAAUCGGAUUCUGCGCUGCUGACCGAGAUGAUGAGGCCAAAUGCGGAAGGAUGGAUGAGAGACUACGUUGUGCCGCACGGGUCUCAGCGACGCGGUUCGCUAUCACCACACCACGAUCAACAGGAAUUGGUCACGGAAAGUGACAUUGAUAGCGAUGAAGGAUAUACGGAGGAAGAACAGCAUGACGAUGACGGAGAUUCAGAUGACUCGGAGUCGUCCUUCACAUAUGGCCUGAAAGUGGGCGCCGGACGAAGAACAUUGGCUCGUUUCGGAAUUGGGACAAACAAAAUCUUGAAGCCUUUUUAUGGCGGAAAGUCAAACCAGAACCAGUCGCAUAGCAAACGUGACAGCAGCAAAGGGAGACACAAGCAUAGUCAACGCACGGUGAAGAGUGCCAAAGUUGUUCAUCAAGACGUGGUGAUUCCACUUUGGAAUCCGGAGGACUUGGUGAGGGAUAUGUUAGAAUACUAUGCGGAACAAGCCAAUGUCCAGAUGUGUGCCACCAUCCUGUUAGUAUUAAAGGAUCGAAUCAGGGCAGGAGAGGAGAAAGAAGAGCUAUGGUUCUGUUCCUACAUUGAUCUCUUGCAUAGGUUUAAACUUUGGACAGCUGCUACAGCAAUUAUUCGAGCGUGUCCUUUGGCCUCCGUGAGGGUUCGCAAUCAGGAAUCCACAACACUCCACACAAUAUGUUGCCAUUGUGGGAAGCCUAUGCCGAACAUACACACUCCAAAUUGGGCUUGCGAGAGUUGUGGGAAAUUACAAAAUCCUUGCUCCUUUUGCCAUAAAACAGCAAAAGGGUUGUAUAUAUGGUGUCAAGGCUGUGCACAUGGUGGACACCUAGACUGCUUAAAAGAGUGGUUUUCGCAUAGUUUAGAGUGCUGCACAGGGUGUGGGCAUCAAUGUGUAUCAAAAUUCUUUGCACUUCCACGCGGUGUAUUAUAGGCAAGAUCAAUACGUAAGGGAUUACUGUACAGUGAAAUAAUGGGUGUAACGCUAACGCUGACAUACGUCGCAUGAUGAUCUCCAUGACAUUAUGGAAUCAAAAAGAUAAUGGCUUCUUUGCAGGAGCCCUGCUGAUUUCCA